AUCAGUGGAAACUCAACAAGUGCUUCCCGGCAGCUCAACAUGUCUCUUCCACUCAACGCGUUCUGGCUCUCUGCGGUGAUGCUGUGCGCCCUGCUGCUGUGCGCCCUCGGAGCUCCGGUGGAAGACGCUCCCACCGACAGCCCGGCGGCCGGUGACCCCUCCGGUGAGGAGGAGGAGGAGGAGGGGCCCUCUAACCUCCUGAGCACCUCCGGGGUCUGGGAUCUGAUUCUUGGUGCAACCAGACGUCACCAAAAGGAGUUUGAAGAUGAAUUCCACAAUCAGGUGAAAUACGAAUUUCUGGAAGACUACAAAGUCUCUUCACUUCCAGCACGCUGCCCUUACUCCAACUUCACCAAGGAUGCUUGUCUCCAAAGGAUGGUCCAAGGCCUGCAGAUUUACACAGUUCUUCUCAGGCAAGUGGAGAAGGAGUACCCCAACAGCUUGAUCUGCGCAGAGGUCCGAACUUACAGCGGCCAACUGAUCGACCUGAUCCAAAGAAAAAUGAGGAACCCUGGUCAGGUGACAGCUCUGACCAGCAGUCAGGAAGUGCAGCUGCUGAAUGACCUCGACAACCUCAACCCCUUCCAGAGAAAGAUGACUGCACACAACAUCCUGCGCCAGCUCCACUACUUCCUCCUGAAGGGCAAGAGAGCCAUUACUAAGAGGGAGAAGAUCAGAGGAACUAUGGCCAACGACAGUUUGGGCAUCUUCCAGAUUCUAUAACCAAACAACGAGAGAUGAGAUAUUUAAAAUCACUAGGGAAUAUCCUCAGGGUCAGAUUAAGGGUGCUAUAAUUGUGUAGGUCUUUAAGGAGACAGGGCUUGAAGCGCCCAGUAUUGCAACAUUUAUUUAAGUUAUUUAUA